AUGGCUCAGCCUCCACCACAGACAAAUGACACCUUCUAUUUCGAUAGGAGAGCCAACCAACUUACUCAACAGAUGCACCACUAUACACCAGAAAUUCAACAAGCACAAAUGAUGGCUCAACGCAUUCAAUGUGCAGCAUAUUUUAAAGAAGAAGUCGCUGUCCUAGAAUACCAACUCCACUACGCUCCAUACGGGUACAAUGACAUGAUUGGGAGAUUGAGGGCCCAUCAACCCUUCCAAGGACCGGAAGAAGCCCUACAGUACUUCAUACUGCCUCUGAGGUGCUGGACCAUAAUUCAACUGAAGACGCACGUUGCUCAUGUGCAACAUGCCGUUCAGCUUACCUAUCAGUCGCAAAGAUCUCAUUUGAUAGGGUUGGCUCGUGGAGCAGAUAUACCACAUGAGCGAAAUCACCAACAUCACCCAAGUACCUCCGAACACCGCUUCCCUGAACCACCGGCCGGACCGACGCUGUUGAGAACAGACGUCGAGAUGCGAGGGAUUGACCCUACCCGCCGAGGGAUUUCCGGUGAAACUGCAGCAUCAGAUUUGGUUCAAGCAACAGUCGACUUGGGACAGCAUGUAGCAGACAAUUUGGAGACGGUUGUUCGGACUUUCAGAGUGGACCUAGAACGACUGUAUCAACAAGCCCAAAGGCUCCACGAAGCCGUACGCUGUGAACAGAAUGAGGACCCAGCAACCCGGCAACAUUUGAACCCGGCCCGAAGAUCUCAAGAACAGCGACAGGAGAAUUCUUUCGCUGCGCAUUCGCACCCAAUCCAAAUAGUCCAAGAACCUUUAGAGAGACUACAUUUCACACUCGUCCCAGAACGCAUCCGGGAAAGUCGACUGUACCCACAAGUUCAGCCAAUGAGCGAAGACCCAGAGCGUGAGGAUGGAAGAGAGGAAGAGCCAAGACUUCACUUGCGAGGAGGAGCUGGAGAUGAUUGGGACACACCAGAAGAGUCUGACUCACCUGAAGAAGCAGCCUCUCCAGAAGAGCCAGGAACAACAGAAGGGCCGGUAACUUCAGGCGAGCCUAUGACAAUGGACGAAUUUGACCAAAGAAUUUGUACGGACGCCCGUCUUGGCUACAGGUCCACUUGUUAA